GGGGGGGCCCGGGCCGGGCCGCGGCCGAGCAUGUCCAGGCCACCGCUGCUGCCCGCAGACGGACGGAUGGCGGCCGCCCCAGCCCCGACCAGCACCCCGGCCCACGGUGGACUGCCGGCGGCAGCCGUGCCGAGGGCCGGCUGAGGACGGGGCCUCUCCGGGCCGUUGUCGUUCCCGGCCUCUCUCCGAUUUGGAUCCUCCCUCGUUCCGGGCGCGGCUGCCUUUCGCCUCGGCCGCCGUCAUGAACGGGCUGUCGAUCAGCCAACUCUGCUGCCUCUUCUGUUGCCCUCCCUGCCCCAGCCGCAUCGCCGCCAAACUGGCCUUCCUGCCCCCGGAGCCCACCUAUGCCGUGGUCCCUGAGCCGGAGCCCGUGGGCAGCACCAGUACCGGCUCCCUGCGCGGCGGUGCCGCAGGGCGGUGGAAGCUGCACUUGAAGGACCGGGCGGAUUUCCAGUACUCCCAGCGGGAGCUGGACAACAUUGAGGUGUUUGUCACCAAAAGCAGCCGAGGGAACCGUGUUGGCUGCAUGUAUGUCCGCUGCGUGCCAGGUGCCAGGUACACGGUGCUCUUCUCGCACGGCAACGCCGUGGACCUGGGGCAGAUGAGCAGCUUCUACAUCGGGCUGGGCACCCGCAUCAACUGCAACAUCUUCUCCUACGACUACUCGGGCUACGGCGUGAGCACGGGCAAGCCCUCGGAGAGGAACCUCUACUCCGACAUCGAUGCCGCGUGGCAGGCGCUGCGGACGCGGUAUGGGAUCAGUCCGGAGAACAUUAUUUUAUAUGGACAAAGCAUCGGCACAGUGCCCACGGUGGAUCUGGCCUCCCGCUACGAGUGCGCUGCCAUCGUGCUCCACUCCCCGCUCACCUCUGGCAUGAGAGUCGCCUUCCCUGAGACCAAGAAGACCUACUGGUUCGAUGCCUUCCCCAACAUCGAGAAGAUCUCCAAAAUCACCUCUCCUGUCCUCAUCAUCCACGGCACGGAGGAUGAAGUCAUCGACUUCUCCCAUGGCCUGGCGCUCUUUGAACGCUGCCCCAAGGCUGUGGAGCCGCUGUGGGUGGACGGGGCCGGGCACAAUGACAUUGAACUCUACAGCCAGUACCUCGAACGCCUUCGGAAAUUCAUCUCCCAGGAGCUGGCCAGCCAACGCAACUAGCU